AUGGUAGAAAAAUUGAUAGUAGUUUUUACUUGGGCACAGCGUAGAAAAUUUGUCGGAAACAUAUAUCCGAUCUUACCUCUUGUCCCCCAAUUGCCUGUUUCUCAUGAUCGUGCUGCAGUGAUUGCCGUUCAGGUCACUAUAUUUCAAAACAAAGGGUUUUCCAUUGGAAUAACCAAUCACCAUGCAGUUGUAGAUGGAAAAACCUCAACUUCAUUUAUCAAGUUAUGGGCUCAAAUUAGCAUGGACGAAUCAUCUGUUCCAAUCACCGAGCUGAUGCCAGUCUAUGACAGAUCGGUUAUUGAUGAUCCAAAAGGUCUUGCCAAAAUCUAUGCAAGCGCAUGGCUGAACCAAGAAGGACCCGACAACAGGAGCUUAAACCUUAAACUACCCAAAACUAAACCUGGUUUGAUCCGAAGAACUUUUGAGUUUACACACCAAAACCUGCAGAAGCUAAAGCAAUGGAUUUUGAAGAAGAAUGAUGUGCAAAUGUCUUCAUUUGUAGUGGCAACGGCUUAUCUGUGUGUAUGUACAGCCAAGUUGGAUGGUUUAAGAGAUGGAAAUUUGUUGUUCGUAUUUGGUGCUGAUGCUAGAUCUCGUUUAAAGCCACCAGUGCCUUUGAAUUACUUUGGAAAUUGCUUGGUUGGUAGCUUUCUUUCCAUUGAAAGAAUUGAGCUUUUGGGUGAAAAUGGAAUAGCUUUGGCUUGUGAACAGAUCUCGAAAGCUAUUAAGAAUUUAGAAGAAGGAGCUUUCAAGGGAGAAGAAAAUUUGGGUGCAAUUAUGAGUGAAUCGACCAAUGAUUAUUCCAAAUCACACGCCAUUUCUCUUUCUGGGUCACCUAGAUUUGGAGUUUACAAUGUAGAUUUUGGGUGGGGAAAGCCAAUGAAGGUGGAAAUAGUGUCAGCUGAAUCACCAUUAGUGUUUUCUUUGAGUGAUAGCAAAAAUAGCGAUGUGGGAAUGGAGAUUGGAGUGGUUAAAGAGAGAGAUCAAAUGGAAGCUUUUGCUGCUCUGUUUAAUGAAGGUUUUGAAGCUCUUUGAA